GUUCGAUGACUUUGUGUUGACUUUCGAGACAUGAUUUUUGUCGCUUAUUUUAAAAUAAAUUCAAAUGAAUUAAUAAUUGUGAAUAAUUAAAUAAUAUUAAAUUGAACAAAAGCUGAUUGCUGAUAAGGAAAAAUUUAAACAAAGAGAAAAAAGUGAAAAAAAAUGUGAAAAAAUAAUAAAAAAAGUUCAAAUUAUUAAGCACGAAAUUUAUUGUCAAUAGUAAAAAAAAUUUAUUUGUUUAGUGAAAUAAUAAAAAAAAUUAUUAAAAAAGAAAAAAGUCAUGCAGACAAGAACAUUUUCAAGUCGUGAUCCGAGUCCGGUUGGUUCUGAAAUAUCAGUAGGUUCACCAUCACCACCGCCCUCUGAAUGUGAAAGACGAAAUAAUCAUAAAAUUGGAUCGGAUGAAUAUUUUCAGCCAUUAAAACGUCUCAAAAUGGUCAAUGAUCAUACAAAUGAUGUAGAUAAUAAUAAUCAUUGCAGUAGUGAUGCUAGUCGAACUUCCUCUUUAAAGUCACCAUCAUCAACAGUGACACCGCAAGUGACACAAACAACGACGACGAGUGUUGAAGGUGUAAAGAGUUUUAGCAUAGCUGAUAUUUUAGGACGUGAUAGUACCAAUAAAAAUAAUUCCACAACAGCACAGGCACAAGCAGCUGUUACAGCAGCUACAAUUGUCAAUGGUCUCAAUCAUUUGCAUCAUCAUCAGCAAGUGGCAAGAAUUGUGAGGCCAUGGGAUCAUUUACAACAUCCAAUUUCAAUUCGUCCACUUCUUCCGCCUGCCUUACUUCAUUAUGAGCAACGACUAGCUAUGGAAUAUCAUCAGCAACUUCAAGAACAUUUUCAUGCACAAGCACAGCUGUUAAGGCACAUGAAUAUUGAUAUAAUUCCAUCAGAAAGUGGAAGUGAUCGAUCAAGUUCUGUAGCAAGUGGAGAUUGCUGUUCACCAGACAUUGGACGAUCAUCAGACAAUUCAGGACGUUCACAUCCAAGUCAACAACAUCCUAGUUCCAAUAAUAAUAACAAUAAUGUCAAUAGAAAUGGAAAUAAAUCGCCAAAUGGAAGUGCACCACUCGAUGCGCUGUUUCAGCUAUCAAAUAAAAAUUUCGAUGAGGCAACUGGAGAGAAUUCACAUUUAAAUUUAUUUGCAACACGACCGCAGCCAAAAAAGAAACGAAAAUCGCGCACAGCAUUCACAAAUCAUCAAAUUUUUGAGCUCGAAAAACGAUUUCUUUAUCAAAAAUAUCUCUCACCUGCUGAUCGUGAUGAAAUUGCUGCCGCCUUGGGUCUCUCAAAUGCUCAGGUAAUAACUUGGUUCCAGAAUCGAAGGGCAAAAUUAAAACGCGAUAUUGAAGAACUUAAAAAGGAUGUUGAGAGUGUGAAGGUAUUAUCGGGACAGGAGAGCUUCCUUAAAAAUAUUACCGACAUGAAUCUACUGAAAAAGAAGCCGAUUGCAUCGCAUGAUGAUAGUUUGAGUCCACAAAAAUGAUUUUCCUUUUUACUUUUUUGUUAAUUCUUCUUGAAAAAAAAAAAUAAAUUAAUGUAUUAUAUUUUUUAAGUAUAUUGAGACUGAUGAUUUAUUUAUUCGUAUAUUUUUGAAUGUAGUUUCAUGUCCAUUUCGUUUAUUGUUGAGAUCUGUUUCAUGAGAUAUGAGCAAAUUUGAUGAAAAUAUGUGUGUGAAGUUUUUUUUUAUAAUUAUUUAAUUAGAAGCAUUUGGAGAAAUAAGAACAGGAAAAUUCACGGGAAUAUAAAACCACAAAGAAGAUUGUUACAUCUUGGAAUGAAUCUUAAUUUUUAAAGGAGUUGUUAACUUAUGAUGUCGAUUAUUAAGGUCUGAAGUUUUUAGUAAUCUUUAAUUUGUGAAGAUUCGAAUGGCGUUUGAUUUAAUAGUGACUUCAUUUAAGCGUGGUGCUGGAAGUUGGUCUAAUAAUCGCUUUUUUGAAUGAACGAGCCCUGGUCUUUCUAGGUGCCUUCAAAUAAUUUUUAAUUUUUGCGGUCGUUCCUUGAGAAUGUCCCCGUACUGCAAUAUGUUUUUAAAUUAAUUUUUCAAGGCUUUUUGGAACUCUUAAAUUGAAUUGGAAUGAAAGUGCUUGUAAGUAAUUUAAAUUGAUACAAAAAUUAAUAUUGACAGUUUUAAUUAAUUUUUGCUGACACUUUUCAAUUUUUAAUGAAAGUAAAAAAAUGGAUGUAAAAUUAAAUUUGUCAUUUUGAACAUUAAUAAAUGGAAAGGAUUCAGAAAAUUAAUAAAAAGUCCAGUUGCAGUUGGUGAUGACUUUUUGUUGAAAUUUUGAAUAAUUAUUGGCAAUUAAGGUUUAUUAAAUUAAAACAUAAAAAAUACUGGCUGCAGGGAGGGUGCAUGUAGCUAAAUCUAGCCUGCAGGAUGAGUUUUACAAAAUUAUUUUAAUUUUUUUAAUUGCUCCUCAAAUCCUUCAGCCAUCAAGAAAGCAAGCAAUUAAGCCUACACAAUGUCUCCGAAUAAUUGCUCUAGAUCAGUGGUGCUCAACCUCUUUUAUGCUACGCCACACUUUGAUGACAAGCCAUCACCGAAACCACGCACGGCCAUUUCUUCGUAAAAUUUUCAGAAUCUUUUCGCGGCAUAUGGGUUGCCCAUCACUGCUCUAGAUAGAAAAAUUAUUUAAAUAACGUCUUUAAUGAAUUUUAUGUCCAAGAAUGUCAGUCUUUAAAAAAAAACUAAUCAAUUUUGCAAUAAUUCUUUUAAUAACAUUGUAAGCACUUCAUAAUUAAAACAAACAAAUCCAACUCGUGUCGAGUGAGAAAGCCUUGAGGAUAUAUAUUUUUAUGUGUACAUAAAAUAAAAUAAAUAAAAUAAAAAAAAAUAUUACAAAUCAUCAUUCAAAAUCAAUAUAAAUGUGAAAUUAAUGGAUAUAACAUAAAAAAGUUAAGAGUUGUACAAAGAAUGUAAAUAAAUGCG